CGACAGCGGGCGGCGGGCCAUUCAGUCGGCGUCCCCGAGCCUCACGGACCAUGGAGCCGGUGUCGCUGCAGGACUUUGCCUGCGCCCUGGACCCCGCCUCCCUCCCGCGUGUGCUGCGGGUGUGCUCGGGGGUCUACUUCCAGGGUUCCAUCUACGAGAUCUCUGGGAAUGAGUGCUGCCUCUCCACGGGGGACCUGAUGAAGGUCACCCACAUUCGCCUCCAGACGGCGGUCUGCGAGAACCCGGGGACAGGCCAGACCAUGGAGCUGGCCCCCAACUUCCAUGGCCACUUCCAUCCCCUCACCGGCCCCCAGAGCUAUGGAACCCUGGAGGAGCUGGUCUCUGCUGCAACCCAGUGCUCCAAGAAGCUGCCCAUUUGCUUCCUGUCCACCCACAGAAUCACCACAGAGACCAGGGUGGUGCCUGAGGACCAGCCCCUCAUGCUUGAGGCUGUGGAAAUGCACUUCCGGACUCGGUGUGCCCGCUGUGUGCUGGACACAGGGGCCCAUCAGGUCGUUCUGCACCUGCCCCUGUCCCAGAAGGGGCCCUUUUGGGAAUGGAAGCCUGGUACCCCUCGGACCCUGCUCCAGGUCCUGCAGGACCCGGCCCUGAGGCACCUCCUCUUCACCUGCCCCACCCUCCCCUGGCGCUCCUUGAUCCUGAGGCCCAAGUACGAGCUCCAAGCCAUCAUGCACAUGCGUCGGACCAUUGUCAAGAUCCCCUCCACCUUGGAGGUCGACGUGGAGGAUGUCACCGCCUCCUCUCAACACAUCCACUUCAUCCAACCGCUGCUGCUGAGUGAGGUCCUGGCCCGAGAAGGCCCGUUCCCCCUGCUCACAGAGAUUCUGGAAGUUCCGGAGGGGCCCCCCAUCUUCCCCAGUCCAUGGAUGGGCUCCUUCCAGAAAGGCCAGAGGCUCUGCAUCUAUGGCCUGGCCUCGCCACUUUGGAGGGUCCUGGUCUCAACCAAGGGCCGGAAGGUGCCCAGGCACUUCAUGGUCUCUGGGGCCUACCAGGGCAAGCUGCGACGGCGGCCAAGAGAGUUCCCCACGGCCUAUGACCUCCUGGGUGCUCUCCAGCCAGGCCGGCCACUCAGGGUGGUGGCCACGAAGGACUAUGAGGGCGAGGGGGUGGAGAACUCGGGGUUCACUUCCCUGGCUGUGGGUGACAGGCUGGAGGUGUUGCGGUCUGGCCAGGCCCAUGGGGUUCAAGGCAGGGAUAUAGAUGUCUUGGUGUGUCAGCGGCUGAGUGACGAGACCAGGGAGGAGGAGGAAGAAGAGUUUGAAGAGGAGGCGGAGGACCAAGAGCAGAUUCUGCUGCCCCUCUACGUCUCCGGUGGCUUCGUGGAGGAGAUGAGCGAUGGCCGGCGCUACAGCCUGGAAGACCUGACUGCCCAGUUCUCACUGCCCUGUGAAGUCAAGGUGGUGGCCAAGGAUGCCAGCCACCCUGCUGACCCUCUGCCCUCCUUCCCGGGCCUGCGGCUGGAGGAGAAGAUCACGGAACCCUUCUUGGUGGUCAGCCUGGACUCCAAACCUGGGAUGUGCUUCGAGAUCCCUCCCCGGUGGCUGGACCUGACAGUUGUGGAGGCCGAGGGGCAGCCAGACCAGCCAGCUGGGUCUCUCCCUGUAGCCACAGUGGAGGAGGUGACGGAUGCCUUCUACUAUCGCCUUCGGAAGUUACCGGCCUUCGAGAGCCAAACCCCCCCGCCCCGGCCCCCGAAAGGUCAGGGCCUCAGCGGGCAGAAGAAGCAGAGCGGCAAGGAGAGAGGCGUUAAGUCAUCACAAGUCUUAGAGCUGCAGCAACCCCCUCUGCUGCCCAAAGCCAAGACGAAGACCUUACCAGAGGUUUCCAAGGGCAGCUCAAAUAUGUACAGCAAGAUUCCAGCCCACAAGAAGGGCCUGAGGCUCACUAAGCCCGACACAAAAGAUCGAGGUGACUAUGACCACGAUUACGAAGAAGUGUCUGACCACUUUCAGAAGACCCUCUAGGUGCUGCGGGAAGCAUGCCUCCUGACCGCUGCUCCUCAGGGGGAGCCGAGACCCCAGCCAGGCGUCACAUGCCUCUGCAGGACCUGUGACAAGGCCUCCCAGAAAUCAAACUGCGGACAGGGAAUGGCUUUGUGGGGCCUGAAAUGGGAGGCACACGGCACCAGCUUCCCUCAGGUUCUACGUUCCUGCCACUGAGGCUGGCCAUUCUUCCGCCCCCUCCCGCACCAAGGCUCCACGCCCAAGAGACUAGAACUGUCUUCCUCAUCUCUGCAGCACCCGGCACAUGACAGCCGCCGGCAACUACCCAAGGUUAUUUCACUCGAAAACCACCGAAUAAAAAUGACACCUGGAACGUCUGGAAAAAGUGAUUAACAGCUAUCACUUACUAAGUUCUCUCUGUGGGCCAGACCCUUGACACACCCUAUCUAAAUCCUCAACUCUCUGAGGUAGAGAAUGGCCUGAUUUUGAAGAUCAGAAAACAAGCAUGAGUGGCAAGUGCUCCAGGAGGCAGACUAGUCAUGAGCCUGGGUUGGGCUCACCACCCAUCAGCUGUGCCUGAGAGCAAGUUAUUCUAUCCUAAGCUUCAGUUUCUUCACAUGUAAAAUAAAACUAAUAGUCAUCUACCUCACAAGAUUGUCCUAAGGAUCAAAUGAGACUCUCUGUAAAGGAUUUAGCUUGACGCCUGGCACAGAAUGAACACUCAAGCAAAAUGUGUCAUUAUUGUUGACCAAGAUCACACAGCUGUGCCUCUCUCCAAAACCUAUUAUCUUUCCACACGCCCACUGUCUCCUAGUCAUGGAAUUCACCCAGUGUUUGAAAUGUACGAUGUUCCUAGACUGUGGAGACAGGGUGCUGACCGGUUGGAGAGCCUCACCAUCCAGUGUAACGGAGAUACAGAGAACAAACAGAAGCCUGUGCCUAUGCAGAGACUAACUCAGCUUCCAAGGUCAGUCUAGGCCUGUUCAGUGAGGUAAGACCACAGGCCUCAUUUCCAGCAAGUGGUGUGGUACGUUCCCAGGUUGAUGCAGUCACAGAACUGAGCCCCACGGUCAGCAGAGGACAGGAGAUAGACAAAAAGAUGAUCUGAGUCUCCAGCUGAGGAGGGAGCCAGAGGGCCAAAUUUCCAGCUCCUGGAUUCUAGGCACUGCACCUGAGUGUGUCCUUCCUUUGCCUGCUAACAUCCCUCUGGCUGUCUGGACCCACUGCACUUCCCAGGCUUCCUGGCUUCCACACCCCAGCAUGGAGUCUCCAGGUGACUGCUGAGUGGCUAC